GUUUUAUUCGCCUUGGUGUUCAUACGCAGCGCGAAAAUUCGGGCAAUUGGAUAAUCAUAAAAAUGAUUUGGCUUGUGCUGUUGAUAGUUGCUAUUGCUCUAUUUAUCUACAGAUGGAAUAAAAAGCAGGACGAAAAAAGAGCUUUCUAUGAAUCCAAAGGCAUUCCAGUUCUCCCUCAGAAAUCACUGUUUUCCUCAAUUUUAUUUUUACUAAAAAUGCUCUCGGGACGACUUGGUCUUGUGGAAAUCGUUCAAGAUGUCUAUUACGGAGUUCGAGAGGAUGAAAAAGUUGUUGGUGUCUGGGACGGAGAUACACCUGUUAUCAUGCUGAGAGAUCCAGAUGUUGUUAAACAUUUCGGUGUGAAGGAAUUCGAGCAUUUUCAAGAUCGUAGAGAGUUUAUUACUGAAGAAAUGGAUGAGUUAUUUGGAAAUUCCUUAUUCGUCCUUAGAGAACAAAAAUGGAGGGAUAUGCGCUCUACUCUUAGUCCUGCCUUUACGGGCAGCAAAAUGCGCCUAAUGUGUGAUCUAAUUGUUGAGAUAGGUUUACAAACAGUAGAGUAUCUUCAGAACGAAGCUAAAGAAAAUGGACUUCAAACGUACGAAAUGAAAGAACUCUUAUCUCGCGUAUCUCACGAUGUUAUCGCCACUUGUGCUUUCGGCCUAAAGGUAGAUUCGUUGACCCAUAAGGAAAACGAAGUCUACUUAGCAGGAAAAGAACUUUCAGAUUUUGCUAGCGUCCGAAAAAUCAUGAGAUUAAUGUUUUAUAAAUAUUUUCCAAAACUUACAAUAAUGCUUGGUAUUAAAUCCUCUUCAACGAAAGAAGCCGACUUCUUCAAAAGUUUAGUCUUAGAUUCAAUGAAGCUUCGUGAGCAACAAAAUAUUAUCCGACCCGAUAUGAUUCAUCUCCUGAUAGAGGCACAAAAAGGAAAGCUUAGCCAUGGACAAGUUGAAAAAGACAGCGCUGGAUUUGCCACAGUUGACGAAUCUAGUGUUGGAUGGACAAAAUCCGGAAGAAAAUGGACUGAGAAUGAAUUAGUUGCUCAAUGUUUUCUCUUCUUCCUGGCUGGAUUUGAAUCUGUAUCGGCUAGUCUUAGUUUUGCUACCUAUGAAAUUGGAAUUAACCCAGAUAUCCAAGAGAAACUCUAUGAAGAAGUCAAAUCAGUUAAUGAUGAAUUAAAAGGAAAACGAAUUAAUUAUGAUACACUGCAGAAAAUGAAAUAUAUGGAUAUGGUGGUUUCAGAAACCCUAAGAAAAUAUGCCCCUGCACCUGUAAUGGAUAGAGAAUGCAACAAGGAUAUAACGCUGGAGUUGUAUGAAAAUAAGCAAUUAGACUUCAAGAAGAAAUACGUGGUUUGGAUUCCUAUAUAUUCCUUCCACUGGGAUCCUAAAUAUUUCCCAAAUCCUGAUAAGUUUGAUCCUGAACGAUUCAACGAUGAGAAUAAGCACCUUAUUAACCCUUAUUCAUAUAUUCCAUUUGGAGUUGGACCUAGGAAUUGCAUAGGUUCUAGAUUUGCUUUGAUGGAACUCAAGAGCAUUCUUUACUAUUUGGUGUUAAACUUCAAGUUAGAACCAACCGAGAAAACACAAAUUCCACUAAAAUUCGCAAAGAGUUUUGGUACCAUUAAAUCCGAACGUGGAAUUUAUCUCCAGCUACGUCCUAGAAAAAAAAUGAUUUGGCUUGUGCUUUUAAUCGCCAUUGUGGCACUAUUUGCAUAUAAAAUGUCUCAGAGAGAGAAGGAAAAGAGAGCCUUCUUUGAAUCGAAAGGUAUCAAAGUUAACACUCCGAAAUUUUUCAUGAUCACAAUGGUUAAGCUCAUGACUGGACAAAUUGGAAUUGUUGAGAUGAUUCAAGAAAUCUACAAUGAAGUUAAAGGUGAUCCAAAAGUUGUGGGCUUCUGGGAUGGAAAAAUACCUGUUAUAAUACUGAGAGAUCCAGACGCAAUUAAACAUUUUGCUGUGAAGGAAUUUGAACAUUUCCAGGAUCGCAGAGACUUUAUUAAUGAAGAAAUGGAUCCUUUAUUCGGAAACUCCUUAUUCGUUCUUAAAGAACAAAAGUGGAAGGAUAUGCGUUCAACUCUUAGUCCUGCCUUUACAGGCUCCAAAAUGCGUCUAAUGUGUGACUUAAUAGUGGAAAUCGGCUUACAAAUGGUGGAGUAUCUUCAGAAGGAAGCUAAAGAAAAAGGACUUCAAACAUACGAAAUGAAAGAACUCUUAUCUCGCGUAUCUCACGAUGUUAUUGCAACUUGUGCUUUCGGCAUUAAAGUCGAUUCGUUGACUCAUAAAGAAAAUGAAGUCUAUCUUGCUGGUAAAAUUCUUUCAGACUUCAGUGGUGUAGGGAAAAUGAUGAAAUUCAUGCUCUACAGACUUUUCCCAAAACUUAUGAUUGCUUUUGGGAUUAGAAUUUCUCCUCAAAAAGAAUCUAAUUUUUUCAGAAGUUUAGUAACAGAUUCAAUGAAAUAUCGUGAGAUAAAUAAUGUACAUCGUCCCGAUAUGAUUCACCUUCUAAUGGAGGCACAAAAGGGGAAAUUAAGUCAUGGUGAAAGUGAAAAAGAUAGCGCUGGUUUCGCAACAGUUGACGAGUCCAGUGUUGGAUGGAAUAAAUCUGGAAGAAAGUGGACAGAAACUGAAAUAGUCGCUCAGUGUUUCCUCUUCCUGACGGCAGGAUUCGAAUCAAUUUCCGCAAGCCUUAGUUUUGCAACAUAUGAAAUUGCAAUUAAUCCUGACAUACAGAAGAAGUUGUAUGAAGAAGUAAAGUCAGUUAGUGAUGCGUUAAAAGGAGAACGCAUAAAUUAUGAUAUGUUGCAGAAAAUGAAAUAUCUGGAUAUGUUAGUUUCGGAAACUCUGAGAAAAUAUCCACCAGCAGCUAUUGUUGAUAGAGAAUGCAACAAAGACAUUACCCUGAAUUUAUAUGAUAAUGUGAGUUUUGAUUUCAAAAAGAAAUACAUCGUCUGGAUUCCAAUUCAUUCCUUCCACUGGGAUGCCAAACAUUUCCCUAAUCCUGAGAAGUUUGAUCCUGAACGAUUUAAUGAAGAAAAUAAACACAUGAUUAAUCCAAGUACGUAUAUUCCAUUUGGAAUUGGGCCAAGGAAUUGUAUAGGUUCUAGAUUUGCUCUGAUGGAACUUAAGACAGUUCUUUACUAUCUGGUGCUUAAUUUCAAAUUGGAGCCCACUGAGAAAACACAAAUUCCUCUGAAAUUUGCAAAAUCAUUUGGAACUCUUCAGUCAGAACGUGGAAUUUAUCUUCAACUUCGUCCUAGGAUUUGAACGAAAAAUGUUUUAUAUCCUUAUUGCACAAUUUUUGAUGAAUUAUCAUAAUACAAAGCAUAAUGUAAGAACUUUGAAGAUUUGAACCAUAUUUCAACACUUACAAAAAAACAGUUAUAAAUAAAUAAAUUGAAUUUUAUUACAAUUCACAAAAA